AUGGCAAACUUGUAUUCAUUCCUAGAGCAGACACAGCGUCGUCCUCGUCAAAGCCUGACACCAUCAUCAGACCCUCAGACACAGGGAGCACAAGUACGCCAGUCAAUGUCAGAACCAACGUUCAGUCCAACAGGUCUUCUGGGAGAUGGAUAUGACCUACUCAGACAAGAAAUGGAAGAAAGGUCACGAGCUGCCACACAGAGACCAAGAGAGAGCCCAUUCAAUGGUGGCUUGCUCGGGGCUCUUGAUGAGUAUGAGAACCAGCAGAUGGAUACAACUCGUGGUCAAAGAACUUCGUCAGAUACUUGGGGAGUCGGUGCAGGAUUGUCAAGAACGCCUUCGAGGAGGUCUUAUCACGGGUUUCACUCCGCCGCCUCUGCUGGAUAUGUCAUCCACGGUACCACAAAGACAACCCUCAUGGCGUGGGACGAGUGGUCGUGGCGUGCGAGCCUCUACUGGCCAGCCUUUAUUGACCCUGGAGGAGAACUCGAGAAAUUCAUGGGAUACUUCUACGUCGCUGAGCAGAAGCCGUUCGAUGGCCGUUCGUUCUUCGGGUAUGGAGAGAUCUGA